AUUAGGAGCCUCCCAUUUCUGCUGAGGCCACCUCCUGGCCUGGGCGGGCAGAGGGAGCACCCUGCUGGUCGGAGGAUGCCCCCUGCAGACUGUCAUCCUCCCAGCCGCCCGCCGGCCGGCCUGGAGCCGCCCCGCCCACGGCCGAGGUUUCAGUUUCCCGUGGGAGACCCGCCCCGUGCCCCGGGGAGCCGGAGGUGGCGGAGAUGAAUGGCGGGCACGGCGGCCAGCAGCCGGACCCCUGGGGGGUCGGAGCUUGUCGAGGGAUGCGGCUGGCGCUGCCCGGAGCAUGGCGACCGCGUAGCUGAGCUCUUCUGUCGCCGCUGCCACCGCUGUGUGUGCGCGCUUUGCCCGGUGCUGGGCGCGCACCGUGGCCACCCGGUGGGCCUGGCGCUGGAGGCGGCGGUGCACGUGCAGAAACUCAGCCAAGAAUGUUUAAAGCAGCUGGCAAUCAAGAAGCAGCAGCACAUUGACAACAUAACCCAGAUAGAAGAUGCCACCGAGAAGCUCAAGGCUAAUGCAGAAUCAAGUAAAACCUGGCUGAAGGGGAAAUUCACUGAACUCAGAUUACUACUUGAUGAAGAGGAAGCUCUGGCCAAGAAAUUCAUUGAUAAAAACACGCAGCUUGCCCUCCAGGUGUACGGGGAACAAGCUGACUCUUGCAGAGAGCAACUUGACGUCAUGAACGAUCUCUCCAACAGGAUCUGGAGUAUCAGCCGGGAGCCUGAUCCUGUCCAGAGGCUUCAGGCAUACACAGCCACCGAGCAGGAGAUGCAGCGGCAGAUGAGCCUUGGGGAACUGUGCCACCCCGUGCCCCUCUCCUUUGAGCCCAUCAAGAGCUUCUUUAAGGGCCUCGUGGAAGCCGUGCAGAGUACAUUACAGACGCCAUUGGACAUUCGCCUUAAGGAAAGCAUGAACUGCCGGCUCUUGGACCCUUCUAGCACCAAGCCAGGUACCUUGUUGAAAACCAGCCCCUCACCCGAACGAUCACUCUUCCUAAAACACGCGCGCACGCCCACGCUGGAUCCAGACACGAUGCACGCGCGCCUGCGCCUGUCUGCAGACCGCCUGACUGUGCGGUGCGGCCUGCUAGGCAGCCUGGGGCCCGUGCCCGCGCUGCGGUUCGACGCGCUCUGGCAGGUGCUGGCUCGCGACUGCUUCGCCGCCGGCCGCCACUACUGGGAGGUAGACGUGCAGGAGGCGGGCGCCGGCUGGUGGGUGGGCGCGGCCUACGCCUCCCUUCGGCGUCGCGGGGCCUCGGCCGCCGCCCGCCUGGGCUGCAACCGCCAGUCCUGGUGCCUCAAGCGCUACGACCUCGAGUACUGGGCCUUCCACGACGGUCAGCGCAGCCGCCUGCGGCCCCGCGACGACCUCGACCGGCUCGGCGUCUUCCUGGACUACGAGGCCGGCGUCCUCGCCUUCUACGACGUGACAGGCGGCAUGAGCCACCUGCACACCUUCCGCGCCACCUUCCAGGAGCCGCUCUACCCGGCUCUGCGGCUCUGGGAGGGGGCCAUCAGCAUCCCCCGGCUGCCCUAGGGGCCAGGACCGGCGUUAACAGCCUCCAGUGAGAUGACCCCAGUACCUCAGUUGAAAAUGCAGAAAUCACCUGUCUUCUGUGUUGCUCGUGCUGGGAGUUGGAGACUGGAGCUGUUCCUAUUCGGCCAUCUUGCUCCCUUACAUACCACCUUCUAACAUAUUGUGUGACGGAAUCACUGUGGGGUAUAGGCCAUGUUUUAGUUUCUCUGUCAAAUGGAAACUAUCCUGUCAGAUGACUGUAAGGAUUGGUGAUAUUAUAGAAUGUACCUGAAACAUAGAAUGCUCUCAAUACACGCAUAGUGUAUUGAUUUUUAUGCAUCUGCCCCCAUCUGAAUGAAAGUUCCCUGAGGAAGGGAUUGGGGCUGUUCAUGGCUAUCUCCCCUGUGCCUGAAGCAGUGCCUGGCACACAGAGGGCCCUCAGUAUUUGUUCAGAGAAGGAACACAUGCCAUUUCCCUCUUUGCUCUGAGAGGAGAACCUUCAGCAUUUUUCUGCCUACAAGAUCCUUUGACCAAUCCUUUCUCUGAUGUGGAGUGACUACUAUACAAUGCCAACUAGACAUAGAGGCCAAGGGCAGGAAAGGGAUAAAGGCAAUGGAGACGUAAAGGGCUAUAAGGAAGUGAGAUCAAAGGCUUAAAGGAAAGGACCUGCACAGCCAGCUCUCGCCCCUCGCUGCAGCCACCCAGCAACUGGAGGAUAUGGACUUGGUUUGGAACCACCCCCUCUUUGAAGCUGGCCAACUUGAAGCAGAGACUGCAUCACUGGAUCUUUUUCUCUCUCCAGUGGGCUGACACAGUGCCUAGCCCAGAAACAUCUGCUGUCUAAGGAGCGGGUGGAGGUGGAUGACGGCCAGGUCCCUAGAGACUGCCAUUCCUGCCCCCACCUCACUCAGACACACCCGAUAACACCAGCAAGGGAACGGAACUGAGGAUUCAUAGAAUGGCACUUUAUUUUAAGACUUGAUUUUUUUGCCAUGAUUAUCUACCAAUUCUUCCAUGAUGGUGUCAUCUUCUUCAACAGUGACCAGGACCUUCUUGCCCACUAGAUUAAAGAUGUCUUCAGGAGGAUAGCCUUUGGGCUCACCCACCUUCACGGUAAGCAUGUCCAUUGUUAGAAUGGUGCCUUCCGGAAUUUUCACUUUGGCCACCACAGACUUGCCCAGCUGUGGACAAAAUGAACAUUCAGUGCCAGCUUCACAGAAGUAACUAGUGUACACUGCUUUACAUUCCAGGUCCCUGAUCAGUCCUCCCCAGGCAGUACCUUGGGAGCAGGGACUCUGUUGCCACCUACGCUGCUCAGAAUAUCUCAGACAUGGCAGGAAUUCAACCAGUGUAGACUGAAUUCAGAGACUCAGAGGAAGAGCCUUUACAAUAAAGUGCAAAGGAAAGGGCUCAGGCUAUGUAGGCGGAGCCAGGUUCAAAUCCCAGUCAGUAGGGUAUAGGCCAUUUUAGUUUCUCUGUCAAAUGGAAACUAUCCUGUCAGAUGACUGUGUAAGGAUUGGUGAUAUUAUAGUAUGUACCUGGAACAUAGAAUGCUCUCAAUACAUGCAAACUCUGAUUCCUUUGGUCACCAUCCAGCUCAAUAUCUCAUUGUAAAUAUGGGGAAACCGAGGCCCACACAGGGUGGGUGACUUGGCCAGGGUUGCAGACAGCCAAGAUGAAACAUACGAAUGAGAUUCUCAACUCCUGACGCACUGUUCUUCAGGGUACACACCUUACCGCCACUUUGUUUGGUAAAAUAGAUAUAUGAAGGACUCAUAAGAUGGUGACUGUGGCUGUUAUGCAGAUGGCAAGAAAAGGAGCCCCCGAGGAAGGGGCAGAUAGGACAGGCAGGUAAGGGAAUGAAGGUUACCUGAAGCUCAUGACCAAUGUUUGUCUUCUCCGUAAAUACUUUCAAAUAAAUUAUGUGUUUUAUUACUCUAUAUCCUCCACAUGAGAGUGCAAGGAAUCAAUUCUGCUUGGAAUGUGGUGCCAGGGAAAAAUGUCUGUCAAGUGAUAAUCAUGCAUCCUGUUAUGUUUUACUGUCUGCUCAGAGAGCCAGAUUAAGUGCUCAGCUGUUAUAAAACUUAACUCUGGUUUCUGGUCUAAUUCUCUCCUGUUUUCUCUGUAAAGAAACUAUUUCUUUUUACUUUAUUUUAAUUUCCUGGUAUCGAUGCAUCUUUGAUUUGGGGAAGCAGGUAGGCCCCACUAGAAUAAAAGAUGACAGCAGUCCCAGGCA